UGUCUGGAGUCUGAACUCUCGAUAAAAGAGUCUUGGCUCUUCCCGCUAGUUUUCACCCCUUUCUCUCUCUCUCUCAACGGUUGAACGGGUGCAUGGUGGUGUUUCUUAAGACAUAAGAGGAACCAUGGUUCACCACCCUUGUUGGAAGGAACUGGACAAACCUUUUCUGGCUGCCCUAAUUCGCUACCCUUAAUGCUAUAUGGUCCUGAUCUGUAAAUGUGGAGUGGUAUAUGUGCACACGUGGUAACAGUUUUGCAAGAAAGCGGUUGAAUAUAGUUUGAAGAAGCAUGAUGAAUUCAUCCGUGGUGACUCCUGAAGCUGUGCUCGAAUCGCUUAUGAAUGAUGGCACAUUUGAUGCCAUUAGGUCAAAGAUUAUCAAUCAGCUCAAAGCUAAUGAAGAAUUGAAAAAUAACACAAUCUCAAUGGUGGAGCAGAGCAAAGUUCUGAACACUCCUGGGGCUGAAAGACAGACUAAACGCGAACUAUUCGAUGCUCUUCGCCGUGAGCUAGAAGCGCCAGUGCUUGAGAAGGCAUCAAAGUCUGCUUGGGAGUUGAUUUUGGACAUGGACGGACUGGGGAAGGAGAUCAAUGACACAGUCGAAAGGGUCUAUUGUCGUCAUAGUGGCCUGGAUUUUCCUUUAUCUUCUCAGAAUCGGGAUGCCCCGAAAGAUGAAGAAACACCCAGUUCCCCAUCAUUUGAUAACCCAAAAGAAAAAGAGAACCCAAAUUCAUCCACUAAGAAGAGGAGCUUCAGCACGAUGAGUGCAGAAGGUGAUGAUGCUACGGUCGCCUCUGGCAGUGCGACAACUGCCCCUGCCUCUGCCCCUGCCCCUGCCCCUGCCCCUGCCCCUGCCCUUGCCCUUGAAGUCACUGACACUGGCCCUUCUUCCAUACCCAAAAUUUGAGCUUAUUGUAUAACAAUGUUUAAAAGUUUGCGAGUGUUUGAAGCUGUGGAUGGCUUCCUCUUCUCUCAA